GAGAGCACGACAGCGGACGGUCCGGGCGGGCCGCUGCGACUCAGCUACUCAGCUCUGAGCUCAGUGCGCUCCCGCCGUCGGUAGAGGGAGUACGUGUCGCUUGUGCCACUGUAACUUUAGAGAUCGGGACUUUGUGUGUUCAAGAUAUUCUAUCGUGAAAUAUUAUUUGUGAUUCUUUGUGAUUUUUCUUUUGGAUUUCUGAGGUUAGUGAAAGGCAAGGGGACAUGGAGUCCGCCGUCCAAUAUUUACUCCUCGCUUUGGCGCUGACUUCUGUGCAAAUAUCGUACACUGAAAGUCGACUAAAUGAAAAACGCAGAGAUAAAACCGAGAGGAGGCACCACGGGGCCCAGCCGAAGGAUAACAUCUGUGAGAUCACGAACAGAGAGUCUAAAGUGCACUGCUACUGCGAGAAGGUAGAGGUGAAGACGGCGACGCGAGCGGACUGUUGGGUGUUCAACGGAGGCAUCGACGAGCACGACCCAGUCUGGAGCAGCUUCGACUCGCAGCCGCAGCUCGAGCGACUGACCUUCAACGUCCGCUCCGACGGAGCCCUCACCUUCAUCCCGCUCCACGUCAUCCGUCGCCUCAAACAACUACAGAAACUGUACAUUCAUUAUGCGACUCUUCCCAAAAUAGAAAAGAGAACGUUCUCGAAUAUGUCCGCAGUAAAGGAGAUUACGUUGAUGAACAACAAAAUAGCCGCGCUGGACUUCUCGUCGUUUACGAGCCUCCCCUCGCUCGUGAAUCUAACGAUAAAGGAGAACAAGCUGCAGGAGAUACAGAGGGACGUCUUCGUGGAGCUCCCCGCCCUCAAGUACCUCGACUUGUCAUUCAACAGUAUCAACUUGGCACACGACGGCUGCUUCGAGCAUCUGUCCGCCCUCAACGAACUCGUGCUGGAAGCUAACGCAAUGGCGGUUCUCACGCGAGACACGUUCCGAGGACUGGGGAACUUGACGCGAUUGGAUCUCAGAUCGAACAAGCUGUCGAUGAUAGGAGACUUAACGUUCACUGAGCUGUGGAACCUGAACGAGCUGCUGUUAGACAACAAUGAGUUGAAAUACAUAUCGGAGAGGGCUUUCGACGGCUUGGCGUUGCUACAGAAACUGUCGAUGACUGGAAACAAACUGAAGUCGAUAAACGAAGGACUCCUGGAAGGAGUGCGCGGCCUCAACCUGCUCGACCUGCGCAACAACCAGUUAGAGUAUUUCAGCGAGGACACCGUGAAGCCGAUCCUGGAGAGUUUGAAGCUGAAGACGUCGGUGCUGUAUCUGAGCGGAAACCAACUUGUAUGCGAUUGUCGACUUAACUGGAUCAAAACUCUUCGAAACGAGACCACGAGCGAGCCGCUGAGAUCUGCCCUUGAUGACGUCACCUGUGUAACAGACGACAAAACGCAGACCAAGGACUUGAACGACAAAACUAGAAGUGAACACCUGUACGAAAUAGAAGCCAACAGCGAGGUGUUUCAACAAGAUGUCAACGAGGACUAUGAAGGGAUCGACCAGCACAAGGCGGACGCGGCUCCUGGACCCGCCACUCAAGUUGUCCUGGUGGAUGUGCCAGCCGAAUCCCUUCCCUGUCCGGGUAAGCCGAUACAGAACGGAGAGGACUCGCUGAUGCUGUCAUCAAAAGACGAAACUUACUGGAGGCCGAACUCUUCCUCUGUUUCAAUAUCAAGUUUAAGUUUAACACUAGCAUCGCUGCUGAUACGUAUCGCAUUUUGAAGUUUUAAUUUAAGUGUUUCAUGAUACGAAGUCACUUGCCAUGCACAUUCUACAUUCAAUUCAUAGGCUUCGUCUAGAUGAGAUUCGUAAAUUGAUUUUUCCCUUGCUCUAAAUUAUAGCAUACCACUAAUUCGUUUUCAUACUGUGUGACCAGCUGUCAACGUUUGUCAACUGAUAAGUGGAACUGGCGUGCAACUUAGUAGAUUCUACGAUGCGAAAGAAACAAUCUGACUGUAAGAUUGAAUAAGUUAAUGUAAUAAUGUAAGUGAGGCGUGUGCACGUCGCGUCGCCGCUGGUCGGGGAGCGUGGGACCACAUCGCCGGGACUGUCCGUCAGCUCCAUCUUUAACGGCAUUACGAAGCGUUUAACAGUUUCACUUUAGACAUUAAGAAUGAAGACUGGGUAUAAAAUUAAAUUAUUUUAGUGUAAUGUUCGGAAGAGGUUAAGUUAGCGACCGUUGCGGCUUUGUACAUUGCGCGGCGCCGGACCCCGUACACUCGGAGAGCUAUAAAACGCUGAUAGUGAAGCCGGCCUGACCGUCUGGCCUGCGUCCAACUUGUUGAAAUAUUGAAAUAUUUCAAUUGCUUCCAACUCAUGUAUGCGUUUCACUUUAUUUAACGAAUAAAAUGUUUUCUUGUUUGAGUGUUCGGACGUUGUAGUCUAGUGAAGUCUAGUGAGCAGGUGACGGGAACGAUCUGGCUAAUCAAAAUAAAAAAUACUGUGAAUCUUUUCCUGAAACACAUUAACAUUAAAUCUUCUACAUUUUUUUAAAUUAUGAGCACUAAGAGGAUUGUAAAUUUAGUUAUAAUUUUAAAUAAAUCCAAUAAUAUGUAAUAGCUAAGUUCGUUUUUCAAUAAAUAAUUUAUAGAUUACCACGUGGAUGUACAACCCGUUUGUCUCAUCAUCGGACGCUCGGCACACGGGACACAGUAGAGGAUUAUGCCUACAUUUACUCUUAUCAGUACCGAGCCCAACCUAUAGAAUAAUAUUGUAAAACGACCUUAAAUCAUCAGAAAAAAAAGGAUCUCAAUCUUGAAACGGUCAUAUUUUAAUGUUUAUAAAACGUUUGUGAAUUAUUAUCAUGAGAAUUACCCGGACAAUUUUAAUUUAACAUCCAACUAUUGUCUAAAGGGAGACGAAGACAACAAUUUUUCUACAUUUUACAACAACUAUUUCAUUUUCCAAUUUCAAUUUGAACUAAACUUGAAUAUCCCAAACCUGACCUCCUGCUUCUUAUCGAGUUACAACAUAAUAUGUAUAAGUAUAGAGAGGUAGCAGAAGCGAGUCUUUUUUUUUGAAAUGGGACAACAGAGAUCUUGAGGCUUAACCAGGACAGGUAGUUGGACUCGAGAGCUUAGCCAAGAGAGACUUGCUAACCAGUACCCGAGCGCCGAGGCCGCCUAACAGCCCAAGGGCAGCUGCUUCGCGACUGAUUCUACUAUCGCGUAACGCCCCAGACCAAAUAAGUUUCAAAUUAGAUGUAAGCGUCUGACAAUAUUUAAACAUAUACAAUACCUUUUCUGAAAAUUUGUCGCCAUCUUACUAGCUUAUUGGACGAUGAGUUUGAAUUAAAAAAGUCUGUAGCUUCUCAAUGCGGUUUUGUGAUGAAAUUUUGUAAUUUAGUUUAGGUGAUUAUUGUGUAUAAACUUACCUGUAAAUAUUAGAUUACGAUUUGUGAUUUUAUUAAUAAUAAAGUUUUUGGGAGAUCUGUAA